AUGUCGACCGAAGAAGGCGGCAUCCGCCUGCCGACGCAGGAAGAACUUGCCAACCUACCCAAGGACGAGCGACUCAAGCAAGCUGCUGCGGCCGCCGAAGCUGCCGCUAACUCAAAUGGCAUCGUAUCCUAUCUGCGCGAGAAGGCAGCCGCCUUGACCAAUCCCCAGGAGCGGGAGCGAAUGCUCACCGAAGCCUUCCAGCAUGAAACGAAAGCGAAAGGCCUCACCAAGAAAGCAAAAGUACUGAAGUCGGGCACCUUUCAGGGCGCCGUCGGCGGAGCUGGUAUCGGCGCUGCUUCUGCGGCUGGGCUCGGUACUGUUGUGGGAACUCUGGUCGGCACGGUCGCGGGUAUUCCCACAACCGCAGUGGGCGGGCUGGUCGGGGCUGGCACCGGGCUGAUACACGGCCCGUGGGUCAAGCUUGGUCUGCCUGGCGGUAAGGAAGAGGAGGUGCAGAUACCACAAGAGAGCAUAGACAGUGGGGCAAUACGAGUAGACGAAAAGACUGGCACUGUCACAGCAAAGGACCCCAAUGUACUGAAAGAAGCAGCUGCUGUUGCGAGGGCAGAGGCCGAGAGAGACUCAUCGAAGGGCGAAGGCGAUGAGCAAAAGAGCCAGACGAAUGGCGAGAGGAGAAAGCCAAAGAAGCUUGAGAUUCGAUCGAAGAAACAGGAGUCGGAGCACAAACCCGUGGGUACAUUGGUCUCGCAAGCCGCAUCGAAAAGUGAAUCACCAGCGAGGAGGAAGCCUCCAAAGCUCGAAGUCCGGUCCAAGCAGGCUCAGAAGGCCGCUUAG